AUGAACCCUCUUGUUAAUUUACAAUCCACCUUGAUUGACGGAAGCUACUUGAAGCUUUCUUUAACAUCUCCCGAUUAUUAGAAGAGAACUCCAUUGAAUUUAUGUAUUGUUGUCGAUGUUUCAAAGAAAUUUAUUCAAGAUAUUGAAAAGUUUGCUCCUGAAUUCUAGUUUUCCUUUGAAGAAGUGCUCACAAAUGCAUUGUAACCACUUUUAACACCAUUAUCUGAAUAAGACACUGUUUCUAUUGUUCAACUCAAUACUUUCCUUAGCAGCGAGCCUAAUUAGGUUAGCGAAAGCGUUUUCUGCCCAAAGGAAAUGGAUGAGGAUAACAAAAAAUUAGCUAAGGAAUUCCUGCACUCCAUUAAAAUUUAAAGCGAAAACAACAAUACCCUUGAAAGCCUUUAGAGAGCAUUUGGUCUUUUGUCUAGUUCAAUAAACAAUAGCAAACAAAACCAAUCUCCUGUUGUUAUUUUAAUUAGCGAUGUAAGACAAUCAAAAAAAGAGAAGAACCCCCUUGAGUCACAAAAUAUCAUCAACUCACUUAGAGAGCUUGUGUAAAAGAAUACUGUUCUCGAUUAAGUCUCAAUUAAUAUAUGUGGUAUUUCCGAGAAUGUUGAUAGCUAUCUCCUCCUUGAUUUGGCUAAAGAGUUCACUGGCUAAUUCGUUUAUUUAGAUGACUUUUCUUAGCCUAACAAAAUACUCUCAAAUGUAUUUGCUAAUUUGAUAACUUCUUUCAGCACAAACAUUCUCCUCAGAGUAGAACUUUUGAAUAACUUAACAUUUGCAUCAGUUAAUCCAGUCUGCUAAUUGAUGCCUAGCACUAUUAACAAAGAAAAUAACUCCAUAGAUAUUAGUGCAGGUCCAAUUCAAUACGGAUAGACAAGAAACAUAAUUUUGAAACUCUCCGAACCUCUCAACACUACCACUACUGGUAUUGAUGCUGUCGCUUAGGUAACUGUUACCGUCAGUCUACCAAGCAAAAAUUGUGUUAAAUCUGGUUAAAUACAAGAAAUAAAAAUUGCUAAUUUAUAAACUGAAAAAUGUUUAGAUGAAUUAUACAGAGCUAUCUUUGUUGAUUUCUUGUUCUCUAAUAUCAAGAAGUAUGAAAAUGGUAUCUAGUCUUACGCAAUUUCUGGUUUAAACAGACUUCUCACAACUUUAGAAAGCAAUUCUGCUACCUCAACCUAUAUAGCUGAUCUUGCUAAAUUAGUCAAAACCCACUUAGACACCACCUUCUCUGAUCAGAAGCUAUUCCUCCAAAAUAAAAACGGGUUACUGAGCCUAGCAAGAAGCCACAUCUUAUAAUUAGAAUCAGUUUCUCACCCUACUCUUGAAAAAUAUAGAACUAAGCUACAAUAAUACUUUAUUAACGAAAUUGAAGAAGCCCACUCAAAGCUUCCCUCACCUUCUCCCUCUCCUAAAAAGAAAAACUAAAGAGAAUAAGAUUCAUUUAUCAAAGUUAAAUAGUUUGAAAUGUACGAAAUGUACGAAUCAACUCGUAUUUGA